AUGGGAGUUUGCCUCUCCUGUCUAGGCCUUGGCCGUCACUCUCACCAUGAGUCUGACCGAACCCGUCUUCUCUACGAUGACUACCCGGCCGGCCACAGCUACGGGACAUGGGGCUCGUCCAACGUACCGCCUCAAAACUUGAUGAGCCCGGAGGAAGUGCAGCGCGAACAAGAAGCUCUGGACGGCAUCGCGCGGUGGGCUAGCGAUCAGAUCAUCGAAAUCUUCCCGCACAAUCACCGCUCCCUGGUCAUGUCUGCGACGUCGUUGCAGCAGCUCAACGGGGUCGGGGUCAACAACCGUAACCAUUCCAACGGCGUCGGCGUCAACGGCGACCAACGGAACAACGCGACGACGACCAACAACAACCCGUCGUCAUCUUCUCAACAACAUCAAGACAUCCUCCUCUCCCUAAUCCCCGGAGACAAAUCAAAGCGCUCGAUACGGAUAUAUCCUGCGUCGCGGCCGACCUCGAAGAGUGGCCUGUCGCUCCGAAGUAAGAGUUCGGUGGGAACAGGGAUGAAUGGUACCAACAGUGGAAAACAUGGAGGGGAUUCGGUCCUGGUUACGCUCGAUGUCAACUUGCCGUAA